AUGGUCAGUCCCAACAUCAGCUCCUUCAGUGGAUUUUUCCUGCUGGGUUUCUCCAGCCAGCCUCUGCUGGAGAUGACCCUCUUUGUUUUCAUUGUGAUUUUCUACUUACUGACCCUGCUUGGCAAUGCAGCCAUCAUUCUUUUGGCUCAUCUGGAUCCCAGGCUUCACACCCCAAUGUACCUCUUCCUCAGCCACUUAUCCUCCAUGGACCUCUGCUACACCACCAGUACUGUCCCCCAGCUGCUGUUCAACUUGAAGGGCCCAGAGAAGACAAUAACUUACGGUGGGUGUGUUGGUCAACUCUACGUGGCCUUGGCAAUGGGCUGCACUGAGUGCAUCCUUCUUGCCGUAAUGGCUAUUGACCGCUAUGUGGCAGUCUGCCAGCCUUUGCACUAUACCAUGCUCAUGCAUCCUCGUAUCUGUUUGCAACUGGUGACCAUGACCUGGGUGACAGGUUUGACCAGCUCGUUAGUGCAGACGGUGCUCAUCGUGCAAGUGCCCCUUUGUGGAAGAAAUGUCAUAGACCACGUCUUCUGUGAAGUGCCAGCUCUCCUCAAACUCGCCUGUGUCGAUACCACCUUCAAUCAGAUGGAGCUCUUCCUCAUGAGUGCAUUUUUACUCCUGGUACCCCUCUUUCUCAUUCUUAUUUCCUACAGCUGCAUUGCAAAGGUCGUGUGGCAGACUAGGUCAUCUGAAGGACGCCGGAAGGCUCUGGGCACUUGCUCCUCGCACUUAGUGGUGGUGCUUCUCUUCUACGGCACUGCUAUGGCCACGUAUCUGCAGCCUCCUACCACCCCCUCCCAGAACAAGGGCAAAUAUAUGGCUUUGUUUUAUGGAAUUGUCACUCCAACUCUAAAUCCCUUCAUCUACUCAUUACGGAAUAAAGAUAUGAAAGGAGCACUGAGGAAGAUGAUAGGGAAAGAGUAA